AGUUUUCAAGUGGUCAGCUUGGUCAAUGUCUUGGCAUUAGAAAAAGGGUAGAAAGGCACAAGCUUGGUAGUAGAUGGGACUAGAGAUCGCAGUCCUUUUCUUCCGAGGUGGGAGUGUGGGAGGAGGUGCGUGAGUAUAGCUAGUAACAGGGACUAGAGAAGGAAAAAGAGUUCUUGAUUAGUUUCUUUCUUCUACGUUAAAAUUUAGUUCGCUUUCCUUACAGGAAGGGCAAGGAGGUCAGGGCGCGCCAGUGCGCGCUGGUGAAGCGCGCGCUUCGGCAGGUGGGUUGCGGGGGCGCAGAAGGAAGGGGAAGUUACCUUCCCCUCGGAAGAGGGCGCUGGCUCCCCCAUUCUGCCUUUAUAAUAAGACCGCAGAAAGAGAGGAAGCAGCCAGCAGCCCUCUACCCUUUGUAAAGCAUGCAGUUAGGGGAGCAGCUCUUGGUGAGCUCGGUGAACCUACCCGGCGCGCACUUCUACCCACUGGAGAGUGCGCGAGGGGGCAGCGGUGGGAGCGCAGGUCACCUCCCCGGCGCGGCCCCCUCUCCUCAGAGGCUGGACUUAGACAAAGCGUCCAAGAAGUUCUCGGGGAGCCUCUCGUGCGAGGCAGGGAGCGGGGAGCCCACAGUCACCAGCGCGGGGGCCCCCACGGCCAUGCUCAGUGACGCGGACGCCGGAGACUCCUUCGCCAGCGCCGCGGCAGUGGCCAAACCAGGGCCCCCGGACGGCCGCAAGAGCUCCCCCUGUGGGGAGGAGGAGCUGCCCUCGGCCGCUGCAGCUGCUGCCGCUGCCGCCGCUGCCGCCGCUGCCGCCGCCACAGCACGCUACUCCAUGGACACCCUGAGCUCGGAGCGCUACUACUUGCAGUCCCCCGGCCCUCAGGGCUCAGAGCUGGCCGCGCCCUGCUCACUCUUCCCUUACCAGACGGCUGCUGGGGCGCCCCACGGAUCGGUGUACCCAACUCCCAACGGGGCGCGCUACCCCUACGGCUCCAUGCUGCCCCCCGGCGGCUUCCCUGCGACUGUUUGCCCACCCGGGAGGGCACAAUUCGGCCCGGCAGCUGGUGCCGGCAGUGGCGCGAGUAGCAGCAGCGGUGCAGGCGGUGGCCCGGGCGCCUAUCAAUACAGCCAGGGGGCACCGCUUUACGGGCCAUACUCCGGGGCGGCAGCGGCGGGUUCUUGCGGAGGGCUGGGAGGUUUGGGAGUUCCCGGUUCUGGUUUCCGCGCUCACGUCUACCUCUGCAAUCGGCCUCUGUGGCUCAAAUUUCACCGCCACCAAACAGAGAUGAUCAUUACAAAACAGGGCAGGCGCAUGUUUCCUUUCUUGAGCUUCAAUAUAAACGGACUCAAUCCUACCGCCCACUACAACGUGUUCGUAGAGGUGGUGCUGGCAGACCCCAACCACUGGCGUUUCCAGGGGGGCAAAUGGGUGACCUGCGGCAAAGCCGACAAUAACAUGCAGGGUAACAAAAUGUAUGUUCACCCAGAGUCUCCUAAUACUGGUUCCCACUGGAUGAGACAGGAGAUUUCCUUUGGGAAAUUAAAACUCACCAAUAACAAAGGCGCAAAUAACAACAACACCCAGAUGAUAGUUUUACAGUCUUUACACAAGUACCAACCACGACUGCACAUUGUUGAAGUUACAGAGGAUGGUGUGGAGGACUUGAAUGAGCCCUCGAAGACCCAGACCUUUACCUUCUCAGAAACACAGUUCAUCGCAGUUACUGCCUACCAGAACACUGAUAUUACUCAACUAAAGAUUGACCAUAACCCCUUUGCUAAAGGCUUCAGGGACAACUAUGAUUCCAUGUACACCGCUUCCGAAAAUGACAGGUUAACUCCAUCUCCCACGGAUUCUCCUAGAUCCCAUCAGAUUGUCCCUGGAGGUCGGUAUGGCGUUCAGUCCUUCUUCCCGGAGCCCUUCGUCAACACUUUACCUCAAGCCCGAUAUUAUAAUGGCGAGAGAACCGUUCCACAGACCAACGGCCUCCUUUCACCCCAACAGAGCGAAGAGGUGGCCAACCCUCCCCAGCGGUGGCUUGUCACGCCUGUCCAGCAACCCGGGACCAAUAAAUUAGAUAUCGGUUCCUAUGAAUCUGAAUAUACUUCUAGCACGUUACUCCCAUAUGGUAUUAAAUCCUUGCCCCUCCAGACAUCCCAUGCCCUUGGAUAUUACCCUGACCCCACUUUUCCUGCUAUGGCAGGAUGGGGAGGUCGAGGUUCUUAUCAAAGGAAGAUGGCAGCUGGACUACCAUGGACCUCUAGAACGAGCCCUCCUGUAUUCCCUGAAGAUCAGCUCUCCAAGGAGAAAGUCAAAGAAGAAAUUAGUUCAUCAUGGAUAGAGACGCCCCCUUCUAUCAAGUCUCUAGAUUCCAACGAUUCAGGGGUAUAUACCAGUGCUUGUAAGCGAAGGCGGCUGUCUCCUAGCACCUCCAGUAAUGAAAAUUCUCCCUCCAUAAAGUGUGAGGACCUUAAUGCUGAAGAAUACAGUAAAGACACAUCAAAAGGCAUGGGAGGAUAUUAUGCAUUUUACACAACUCCCUAAAGAAUUAUUUUAACCUCGUUAAAAAUUAGCAAACUUUUUGCAGAUGGACUUGGUGGUGUUUUUUUGUUGUUGUCUUCUUUGUCUAGGUUGCCAAAAAGACGUUUUGCCUUCCACCUUGAUGCAUCCUGUUUUGUGCAAUUCUAUAAAGAAGGUGCCAAAGUUUUUUGAUUGCUGCAGGUAACUGAAACAAACCUAGCAUCCCACCCCACCCCCCCAACCCUUUUAAAAUGAAUUCAAUGGAGGGCUUUAAAGUAUUUUAAAAUUUGAAAGUUAUCCAAGAUUUGGGAUUUAUUUAUUUGGAGACACUAAACAUUUAGUGAAUUGGGCUGUGAAGAUUGAGGGCCGAGCACCAUUAAUGAGAUGGAAUCUCCAGUUCUCAUUUCUGUUCGUAAACCUUUAAAACAAACAGAACCCACGAACGCUAAGGAGUUUUACUUCUGGAAGAGAAGAAUUGGGCCUUAAGUUUCAACAGGGGACUUUUUUGCUGUUUACCUUCUGCUAGGGACAAAAGAUGUUUAGCCUGGGAGGUUAGAAACACGAUUAUGAAAAUACUGGUUGAACCUGACUUUGAUUCCUCCCAGGCUUGCAGAACAAGCCAUGUUUGCCUAGCUCAGGAUUGCCUCACUGAGAGGAGCAGGCCUCUUGCUGUGUGUUGGGGUGGACCAGAGCACUCAGGAGAGAGGGUAAGGAAGGGAAUGGCCAAAAAGAGAGAAUUUAAAAGUGUACAGUUGUGUGUGUUUAGGUACGCUGUAGAAUAAAGUGGAAUACAUUGUACAAAUAGUCUACAUAGGUAUCCCAGAUAAUGUAAAAUUGGUGCUUUGGCUCUGUAACGAAUUCGCAAUCAACUGACAACACCUGCAGGGGCAAGAAGAUAGUUUCUCUCAUCAGCCCCAGGAUAUUUGGGGGAAUAUUCUGUUUACUUCUUAGGUAGUCAAGAAUGUAUUCAGCUACCCUGUACUAACUUGAAACAGGUUUAAAGAAAACUCUUAUUUCAUCCUCUUCCUUGGCCUCUUCCAAUGCCUCAUCAUCUUGGCAAUGUGAAGAAGUUCAAAACCUGAUGUCACAGCUCCUAUAAGCUUUUUAGUGAUCUUGGAUUUUUAUGUACAGUAUUAGUCAUUUUUAAUAAAUGUGGUUCAAUAUGGGAA